AUGGCAGACACCAAGAGCGUGACAGAGCGAGUCCAGGAUUGCGAAUUGGACAAACCUAUUCCAGGGCAAGAUGAGGCGGCACCCUACCCACCGUGCCUUCAUGGUCUCAGCGAUGAAGAAAUCAAGAGGCUUGGCAGAAAGACAACAUUCAAGCUGGAUAUGUUCGUCAUGCCCGCGAUGACAAUCAUGUACAUUUUGAACUAUCUUGAUCGACAGAAUAUCGCUGCAUCGAAGCUGGCAAACAUCAUGGAAGACUUGGAUAUCACUGUCACCCAGUACAAUGCCUGCGUUAGCAUCCUGUUCGUGGGAUACAUUCUGAUGCAAGUGCCUUCGAACCUGGUCGUAAGCAAGAUCAAAUGGCCAGGUCUCUACCUCUGUGCUGCUGUGGCGCUCUGGGGAGUCGUCUCCGCUUGCACAGCGGCUGUUAAUUCCUUUGGGAGCCUUGUGGCAUGUCGAUUCAUGCUUGGCUUCGUUGAGGCAGCUUUCUUCCCAGGAGCUUUCUACUACCUCUCAUGCUUCUACAAUCGCAAGCAGAUCGCAUUCAGGACAGCCAUUCUGUACAGUGGAAGCCAGCUCGGAAAUGCUUUUGGAACGCUUUUCGCAAUUGGCAUCAUUAAGCUCGACGGAGCACAUGGCCUGGAAGGUUGGCGAUGGCUGUUCCUCAUUGAAGGUAUUCUCACCGUCGGCCUGGCUGCCGUAUUCGCUUGCUACAUUCCGAACUCUCCUCGACAGAUUAUGGGCUUCACGGAACAGGAGCACGAAUGGCUGCGAUGGAACUACGAAUCUGAUCAAAAGCAACAAGACGAGUCUGGUGAGGUCACGGCUAAGAAGGGGUUCACGAUGGCUGUCACCGAUCCGAAGACAUGGCUAAUGAUGGCUACGCUCUAUGCAACCUACACGAGUGCAGCCGUAAACAACUUCUUCCCAACUGUCGUUGGCGGUCUUGGCUUCUCACGCAACGCGACUUAUGGUCUCACCGCGCCACCAUUCUGCUUCUGCGUCAUUUGCAUGCUUGUGAACGGCUUCUGGAGCGAUAAGAGAAAAAAUCGAUACCUACACAUCGUAAUCCCGCUAUGCAUUACGGUCGUGGCAAACAUCAUUGCCGUCUCCACACUCAGCGUUGCUGGCCGCUACUUCGCAAUGAUGCUGAUGCCGGCUUCUUUCUACUCUUCAUCGAUCGUGCAGUUGUCAUGGAUCUCCGGCAGUUUGUCACAGCCUGCAGUCAAGCGUGCCGCAUCCAUCGCGCUGAUCAAUUGCAUCUGCAACACGCCAAACAUCUGGACGGCGUACCUCUACUACGACUCUCCUCGUUACGUUGCUGCAUUUGGGGUCAACCUGGGAGCGGCUGUGGUUGCAAUUGGUUUCGCCACCCUGACAUUCUUCUACCUUCGCCGAGAGAAUGCAAAGAUGGAUCAGGGCAAGCCGUUGGGUAAGAGCUCUCCCACCGCGAGACAGCAAGCUGCUGGGUUCAGAUACAUGUUGUAG